CACACCCUCCCUGCAUGAUGCAAUCCUAAAGAAAGCUGCUGAAACCUAAAGCUGGUAGAAAGCUGCCUCCCCUCUCCCCCUUUGGUGUUGUCUGUGUAGCAGCAAAGCCAAAAAAACAACACUGCUCCUCCAAAGACCUUUUCCAUCCCCUCACUCUCUCUCCCCCCUCUCUCCUCUCUCUCUCUCUCUCAAAUUCAUUCCUAGCUGUACCCACAUCUCUCCCCCAGUCCCUUUUGUUUUGUUUAUUCGCAUCUCUCCUCCGUCCUCGCUCUCAUCUGGUCCGGCGCGGCGAGCUCUACAUGAUAGAGAUAUCCCAGUGAUCUGCCACCUCCCUCCUUCCCCCGAGCUUAUAUAGAGACGCCCCAAUUCCAUUGGCCCAUUCCCAUCGCCGGACCCUCCAGGCUUGGGAAAUUGCGAUCGCGAGCAAGAACACGGAGAGAUUGAUUUGUUCGCAGGAGAGGAGAGAAGCCGGCGGGGAUCGAUUCUCUUGUUUGGUUGAGGUGGCAUUUUGUUGCCGGUAGAUUGAUCUAGCUCAGGAGGACGAGGUAGAAGAAGCUAAGCGACGACGGCGGUGUGUAGUGCGCCGCCAGCCACCAUGUUGAGCUCCUGCGCGCCGGCGGCCCUGCCGCCUCCGGAGGCGGGCGCCGCGCCGCCGGAGCCGUUCCGGUCGCUGCAGAUCGCCACGACCAGCGCCGCCGCCGGCGCCAAGAAGAAGCGGCGGCCCGCCGGCACUCCUGACCCGGACGCGGAGGUUGUGUCGCUGUCGCCGCGGACGCUGCUGGAGUCGGACCGGUACGUGUGCGAGAUCUGCGGGCAGGGGUUCCAGCGCGACCAGAACCUGCAGAUGCACCGGCGGCGGCACAAGGUGCCGUGGAAGCUGCUGAAGCGGGAGGCCGGGGAGGCGGCGCGGAAGCGGGUGUUCGUGUGCCCGGAGCCGAGCUGCCUCCACCACGACCCCUCCCACGCGCUCGGCGACCUCGUCGGCAUCAAGAAGCACUUCCGGCGGAAGCACAGCGGCCACCGGCAGUGGGCCUGCGCGCGGUGCUCCAAGGCCUACGCCGUCCAUUCCGACUACAAGGCCCACCUCAAGACCUGCGGCACCCGCGGCCACACCUGCGACUGCGGCCGCGUCUUCUCCCGGGUGGAGAGCUUUAUCGAGCACCAGGACACGUGCAACGCCGGCCGGCCGCGGGCCGAGACGUCGUCCUCGCCGGCUAGCGGCGGCGGCGGUGGUGGCGGGUUCGCCGCGGCGGCAUCCACAUCGCAGCAGCAGCAGCGCCAGAUGCACGCGGCGCUGUCGCGGACGGCGUCCAGCGCGAGCCCCUCCAGCGGCGGCGGCGACCUCGGGGUGAGCCCCGUGGCGUGGCCUGGCCCGGCGAUGGCGAGCCCCACGGCCGCCGCGGCGUUCCACCACCGGUUCGACCCAGCGCCGCUGUCGCCUCCGACGCCGCACGAGCUUCCCGGCGCCCACAACCUGGAGCUGCAGCUCAUGCCGCCGCGCGGGAGCUGCGCGACCCAGCAUUCGCCGGCUGUCACGAACCCCCACCUCGGCGCCGACCCGAUGCGGCUGCAGCUGUCGAUCGGGUUCGGCGGCGGCGCACGCGGCGACGACGGCAGCGAGAUGCCGGCGGCGGCGAGGCUCAAGGAGGAGGCCCGGGAGCAGCUGCGGCUGGCGAUGGCGGAGAAGGCGGCCGCCGACGAGGCCCGGGCGCAGGCGCGGCGGCAGGUGGAGCUGGCCGAGCAGGAGCUGGCGACCGCGCGGCGCAUGCGGCAGCAUGCGCAGGCGGAGCUGGGCCGCGCGCACGCGCUCCGGGACCACGCCGUGCGCCAGGUGGACGCCACGCUGCUCCAGGUCACCUGCUACAGCUGCCGCUGCAAGUUCCGCGCGCGCGCGGCCGGCGCCAUGAGCUCCGAGGUCGCCAGCUACGUCUCCUCCGUCGUCACCGAGGGCGGCGACGCCGAGGUCGACGACCUCCACCACCACCACCGCCGGCAGCUCAACGCCAACGACGCCCCGAGCCACGCUAGGAUGAUGGACAUCAACUAGCGCCGCCCGGGCAGCUCGUACGUCAUGCAUGCAAAUUAAGGAUCAUUUCUUUUCUCCUUUUUCUUCUUCUUCUUCUUCCCCAGCUCGUCCACUCCUUCUGGCUGUUGUUUUAGCCAUGGAUGAGGCUGUGAUGGAUGGAUGUGCCACCAGCUGCAUGGUGGUGUGAUUAGAUGCGGUGAUGGCCUGAUGGGAUCGAUCAGUACUAGCUCUAUCUUGACUCCCAUGGCGGGAGUCAUGCAGAGCAAGUGAAGUGAAGCUAAGAGAGGGGUCUAAGCUAAUCGCGACGUGCAUGGAAUCUUUCGCUUGUUUGCUUGCUGUUGGAGUUUCUUACAAUAACAUUUGUUCGAUCGAUCUAGAUUCAGGAGCAUUUCGGCAGCCGUGCAUGCCAGCUCUUGUCAUCGUCUCAGCUAACAUCUUGAUAGUGUUGCAGUUAGACUGGAGGGACCCAUUUCUUUUGCUAUUCUGUGGAUUGCUCCAGUUUUACAUUUUCCUUCUCGAACGUUGCACUCCAGAAAUUAACGAGGCAAUGGAGUGGGGGGAGAAGUGAUGUAUAGCAGGUUCGGUUUAAGUGUUUUAAACACAAUUACUCGGGGA